CUGCCGCCCCCUUGUCGAAAUAAUAAUUGAACAACAAUAGUGUAUUAUAAUGUAUAGUUCACAAUCGUUGUAAACGUGCUGGACGUCUAGUUAUAAAUAAGGUUGGACGUACACUGUAGCUGUACAUUUUUGAUGCGAGUCGAUCCGACGACGCUACAACGGUAACCAAGGAACACGUAAAAAAGGCGUCCGUCGAAAUGACUGUCACCGCAGCGCUGCGAUGGGCUUGCUGUUUGAUCAUCGUGGCGAUACGAGGGAUCAACGGGCUCGACAAUGGGCUUGCGCUCACGCCACCGAUGGGAUGGCUUGCAUGGCAACGUUACAGGUGCAUCACAGAUUGCGAAACGUACCCCGACGAGUGUGUCAAUGAACAAUUGUUUAUGAGAGCAGCAGAUUUAUUAGUUAGCGAAGGCUACUCUAAAUUGGGUUAUAAUUAUGUCAUAGUGGACGACUGUUGGUUGUCCAAGAAUAGAUCAGCAGAUGGAAAAUUAGAAGCCGAUAAAAAAAGAUUUCCAAGUGGUAUUAAAGCUUUAUCAGACUAUGUACAUUCUAAAGGUCUUAAGUUUGGAUUAUAUGAAGACUGGGGUACUAAAACAUGUGCAGGAUAUCCUGGAGUAUUGGGGUAUGAAGAGGUGGACGCUAAUACAUUUGCAGAAUGGGAAGUUGACUAUGUCAAACUAGAUGGAUGUUAUUCAAACGUUAGACACAUGGAUAAAGGCUAUCCUGAAUUUGGAAGGCUUUUAAAUAAUACUGGAAGACCAAUGGUAUAUUCUUGUAGUUGGCCAGCUUAUCAAGAAGAAAAGGGAAUGUUAAUUGACUAUGCAUCAAUGGCUAAACACUGUAAUCUUUGGCGUAACUACGAUGAUAUUGAUGACUCAUGGGAAAGUAUGAUCAAAAUAGCAGAUUAUUUUGCACAAAAACAAGAAUUUUGGGCAAAAUAUGCUGGACCUGGACACUGGAAUGAUCCAGACAUGCUUUUAAUUGGUAACUUUGGAUUAACAUAUGAUCAAAGUAAAACACAAAUGGCCAUUUGGGCAAUACUGGCUGCUCCAUUACUGAUGUCAAAUAAAUUAACAGAAGUACACCCACAAUUUAAAGAAAUUUUACAAAAUAAAGAAGUAAUUGAAGUUAAUCAAGAUAAACUUGGCAUACAAGGCACUAGAGUGUUUAGGGAUAAGGGUAUUGAUAUUUGGACUAGACCAGUUGAACCUUUUAAUGACGGAUACCAUUCAUAUGCUGUAGCAUUUGUAAGUCGUCGUGUUGAUGGUGCUCCUUAUCCGUACAAUAUAACUUUAGAGGAUUUAGGUCUAAAAAACCCUAAUGGUUAUUCAAUUAUUAAUCUUUUUGGAAAAGAAAAAAAUCCAACCUCUUGUAUUUAUAAACCAAAUGAUCCAGUUAAAGUUCGAGUUAUUCCUUCAGGAGUGGUUUUCUUGCGAAUGAACAUAGAAAAUUCAAACAAAAUAUGUAUAGAUAACAGCAAAAGUCAGUUCUUCAAGUGACAAACAAGAAUAUCCCAAGGAAAUACAAAUAAAUAAUAAAUUUUAGAUUGUAAAGUUUAUAUUUUUAAAAUAUUAUAUACUUAAUAACUUAUUGGC